AUGGCAGGCAACCACACAUGGAUCACAGAAGUCACCCUGCUGGGAUUCCAAGUGGACCCAGCACUGGAGUUGGUCCUCUUUGGACUUUUCUCUCUCUUCUAUACCCUCACCCUUCUGGGGAACGGGGUCUUCCUGGGGCUUAUCUGCUUAGACUCUAGUCUUCACACCCCCAUGUACUUCUUCCUUUCCCACCUGGCCAUCAUUGACACGUCCUAUGCUUCCAGUAAUGUCCCCAAGAUGCUGGCAAACCUUGUGAGCCAGAAGAGAACCAUCUCCUUUGUUCCUUGCAUUAUGCAGACGUUUUUGUAUCUGGCUUUUGCUCACACAGAGUGCCUGAUUUUAGUGGUGAUGUCCUAUGAUCGAUUCAUGGCGAUCUGCCACCCCCUACAUUACACUGUCAUCAUGAGCUGGAAACUGUGCACAUUCCUGGUCAUCACUUCAUGGGCAUUUAGCUUCAUCUUGGCUCUGGUCCAUUUAGUUCUCAUCCUGAGGCUGCCCUUCUAUGGACCUCAUGAAAUCCGCCACUUCUUCUGUGAAAUCCUGUCUGUCCUCAAGCUGGCCUGUGCUGACACUAGGCUCAACCAGCUUGUCAUCUUUGCAUCCUGUGUUUUUAUUUUAGUUGGGCCCCUCUGCUUGGUGGUGGUGUCCUACUCGCGCAUCCUGUUUGCCAUCCUCAGGAUCCAGUCUGGGGAGGGCCGCAGAAAGGCCUUCUCCACCUGCUCCUCCCACCUCUGCGUGGUCGGGCUCUUCUUUGGCAGCGCCAUUGUCAUGUACAUGGCCCCCAGAUCCCGCCAUCCUGAGGAGCAGCAGAAGAUCCUUUCCCUGUUUUACAGUCUUUUCAAUCCUAUGCUGAACCCGCUGAUCUACAGCCUGAGGAACGCAGAGGUCAAGGGGGCCCUGAGGAGAGCACUGUGCAAGGAGAGGCCACUGUGA